AUGACGUCAGGGAAGCCGCUGCUACGGCUGAAUCCAGUGCUCGACAAGGACUACCCAUGUGUGCUACGCGCUGGAGGUCGUCUGAAGACUGCCAGCCACUUGCCUGAGCAUACCCGGCAUCCGAUAAUCCUGCCCCAGCACCAUCGGGUUACUCAGUUGAUAGUCGACACCGAAGAUCGCAAGUGUGAUCACAGUGUGGGCCCAAACCAACUCUUGGCAAACCUGAUCCUGCGGUUUUGGAUCAUCCGUGGCAAGGUUGUCGCACGAUCUCACCGUGCACACUGCGAGCUCUGCAAGAAGAAGUGGGCCACUGUGGCUUUGCAGCAGAUAGCACCGCUCCCGCUAUUCCGAACAGCUCCACCGUACCGGGCAUUUUCAAGAGUGGGAGUUGACUAUGCCGGUCCGUUCCGGACAAAACAAGGACGUGGCAAGACUCAGCUCAAAAGGUACCUCUGUGUCUUCUCUUGUUUGCAAUCCUGA